AUGAGUCGGGCUUUUAAGACAUUAUUUCAAAAAAAUUUGAAAAGAAAUUUUCAAUCAUCUUGUACAAGAUUUGCAUCGAAUACAAUCCCUGAAACAGGAAUUAGUUUUAAACUCAAUGAUACACAGCAAGAAUUUCAAAAUCUUGCUAGAAAAUUUGCAAGAGAGGAAAUUAUACCCAAAGUGGCAGAAUAUGAUAAAUCAGGAGAAUAUCCUUGGGAUUUAGUUAAAAAAGCUCAUAGUAUUGGACUUUUGAACCCAGGCAUACCAUCUGAACUUGGUGGUCUCGGUUUAGGAGUUUUCGAUGAAUGCCUUAUAACUGAAGAAUUAGCUUAUGCUUGUACUGGUAUUUCUACAGCUUUAAUGAGUACUUGUUUAGGACAAACCCCAGUAUUAAUAGCGGGAAAUAAAGAGCAACAGAAAAAAUAUUUAGGCAGGCUUAUCGAACAACCAUUAGUAGCUGCUUAUUGUGUGACUGAACCUGGUGCAGGAUCUGAUGUUAGUGGAGUGAAAACAAAAGCUGAAAAAAAAGGAGAUGAAUAUGUAAUAAACGGUCAAAAAAUGUGGAUCACAAAUGGUGGAGUUGCAAAUUGGUAUUUCGUUUUGGCCAGAACCGAUCCCAAUCCUAAAACCCCUGCUGGUAAAGCAUUCACCGGAUUUAUCGUUGAUAGAGAUACUCCAGGAAUUACAGUGGGACGCAAGGAAAUAAAUAUGGGUCAAAGGGCAUCAGAUACAAGAGGAAUAACAUUUGAAGAUGUUAGAGUUCCUAAAGAAAAUGUUUUAUUGAAAGAAGGUGACGGUUUUAAAAUAGCAAUGGGUGCUUUCGAUAGAACAAGACCACCAGUUGCAGCAGCAGCUGUUGGUCUCGCCCAAAGAGCUUUAGAUGAAGCUUCAAAAUAUGCAAUGGAAAGAAAAACAUUUGGAGUACCUAUUUUUUCACAUCAGGCUGUAGCUUUUCUAUUGGCAGAAAUGGCUAUUGGUGUCGAAACAUCCAGACUGGCAUGGUGGAGAGCAGCUUGGGAAGUUGACCAGGGUAGAAGGAAUACAUAUUAUGCAUCAGUUGCUAAAGCUUUGGCAGCUGAUAUUGCUAACAAAUGUGCCACGGAUGCUGUACAGGUAUUUGGUGGUAACGGAUUCAACACCGAGUAUCCAGUUGAAAAAUUAAUGAGAGAUGCUAAAAUUUAUCAAAUUUACGAAGGAACUGCUCAAAUUCAAAGACUUAUUAUAUCUAGGGAAGUUUUCGAAAGGGCAAAAUCAAGUUAA